ACCAUCAUUGAUUGUGGUUUCUACUAGCAUUUGUGACCAUUUUAAGCCUUCUUUUAAAUCCGAACACAAAACCUUUCCAUUCGCCAAAAGGAUAUAUCCAAAUGCUUCAUUUGUUUAUUUGUUGUUUUUUUUUUCCUUUUUUCACUGGCAAUCAGCUGCCAGCAACAUUGUUAUUCUUUUGUUAACUGGCACUGUGCUGACAAAGCAUAAACCCGUUCGGAAUCAUCUUCCCUGUUUACGUCCACCGUACACACAUACACAGCUGUGUUGGAAUUUUUAUGCAAUUGUCUAGUUUUUAGUUAAUCUUUUCACGGUCUUAUGUUUUUGGUUAAUGCUCCUCCUGUUUCGACUGAUAAGAUUAGCCGUGGGGUGCCGGUGUAUGUGCCUUCCUUUACCUGAUGCACUGUUCCCUGUCGGGCGAGUGAAAUCAUAACGCGAGUGAACUUUGAACCUACACCACCCAAAUUCAAUUCAUCGACAUCGAUUUGUGGACUGAACGGGCGUUGGACUGUGGUGUUGUGCCUUAGUAGUGUACUUGGAGACAUAUUUUUACGUUGAAUUUACCGAAAACCGACCGACCAUCAUGUUACGUGUUCCGAAAACGCAAUGGGUUGCCAGCUUGGCUAAUGCCACCCGGAACCAGUCUACCUCGGCUCGACCAACGACCGGCGAUGAGUAUCAGUAUCUUCAACGUUCAAAGAUACCGAUGCUCCAUUUCCAACCUUCCCUACCGCGAUUGCCCAUCCCGGAGCUGGAAAAAACCUGUGCCCGCUAUCUGGCCGCUCAGCAACCGUUGCUUGCACCGGAUGCCUUCGAGCGCACGAAGGAAGCGGUUCAACAGUUUUCCCAAGGCGAUGGACCUAAGCUGCAAGCGCUGCUGAAGGAAUUCGAUGCCAAAAACAAACACACCAGCUACAUUUCCGAACCAUGGUUCGAUAUGUACCUGCGGGAUCGUUUGCCACUGCCACUGAACUACAAUCCGCUGCUGAUGAUGAAUCCGGACCCACGGCCACAGUACAACGAGCCGGUGUUGCGGACGACCAAUCUGGUAAUUAGCUCGUUACGGUUCAUGAAAUCGUUGCGGGCCAAAACGCUUGAGCCGGAAGUUUUCCACAUGAAUCCGGCCAAAAGCGAUACGCAGACGUUCCGCACGGUCACUUCGCUAAUGCCGUCGAUCAUCUCCACGUACGUGGCGUACACGUUCAAGGCAUUUCCGCUCGACAUGAGCCAAUAUCAGGGCCUCUUCGGUGGCACUCGCAUUCCGGAGAUUGGCAAGGAUCGAAUUUAUCGUAACGAGUCCUCCCGCCACCUGCUGGUGCUUCGCAAAGGAAACAUGUACGCAGUGGAUGUGCUAGAUGCGGAAGGGAACAUUGAACAACCGGCCACACUGUUUGCAAGGUUUGAUCGGCUUUUCAACGACACCAAAACUCCGGCAGCCGAUCCGCUAGGACUGUUGACGACCGAAAACCGUGACACGUGGGCAACGGCUCGCACACAUCUUACCCAGCUGGGCAGCAACGCCAAAUCACUCGAGCUGGUCGAUUCGGCACUGUUCUGUCUCUGUCUGGACGAGUCGACGAUCAACCCGGACAACCCCAUACCUGCCAUUCGUGAGUUCCUGUUCGGCGAUGGUACAAACCGAUGGUUCGACAAAUCGUUUUCGCUGAUCGUUGCAAAGGAUGGGACGGCGGGCAUCAAUUUCGAACAUUCCUGGGGUGACGGUGUUGCCGUGCUGCGCUACUUUCAGGAAAUCUUCAAAGAAACCACAACGGCACCGUUCGCCCAGGUCGGACUGCAGGGAGCCGACAACCAGUCGCGGAAUGCGAUCGUUCCAAUCGAUUUUACGCUGGACGAUCGUGUGCGGGGCGCAAUCCGGACGGCUGAAAACAAUCACAACGCGAUCAUCGAUUCGCUCGACAUGAACUACAUGAAGUACGAAGGAAUUAACAAGAACGUCUGCAAAAAGCAACGCAUCAGCCCCGAUUCGGUAAUGCAGCUCGGGUUUCAGCUGGCGUACUACAAGCAGCAUGGCAAGUUUGUGGCCACCUACGAGUCGUGCAGUACGGCCGCUUUCCGGCACGGCCGUACGGAAACGAUGCGACCGUGUACGGUCGCGACGAAAGCGUUUUGCGAGGAAAUCGAACGACGCGACGGGGUAAAGAAGAGUGCGGCCGAAUUGCGCGAAAUGAUGAACCAAUGCUCUGCCGUACACGGACAGCUAACGAAGGAAGCCGCCAUGGGCCAAGGGUUCGAUAGGCAUCUGUUCGGGUUGAAGCACACGGCACAGAAGCAUGGACUACCGCUGCCAGCCAUCUACCAAGAUCCGGCGUAUGCGGCUCUCAAUUACAACAUUCUGUCGACGAGUACGCUUUCAUCGCCGGCCCUGUUAGCCGGUGGGUUUGGGCCGGUCGUAAAGGAUGGGUACGGAAUCGGGUACAACAUACAGGACGGUUAUUUGGGCAGUGUCGUUACGAGCUACAAACCGCACCGGAAUGGGGGCGAGUUUGUCGACUGUCUGCGGGCGGCAUACGAAGACAUUGGCAAAGUGCUGGCCGCCACCGCGCCAGCACCCAAAGAUAAAUGAAGCAUGACGGAGUAGGAUUAGUAGCAAUUGAUUGACUGAUUGGCACGCUUUUUGUUAGCAAAGUGGUUAUGGGAAAAGUGUAAUACUUCUGCAGGAAACAAAAAUAAUAAAGCAUAUCGUGUAAAUUUAAUAUGAAACGUAA